CUGAAGUUCUCUUUUGCACUCCCGUGUCUUGUGGGUCGGUUGAAGGGCUUCAGAACAGGAAAAAGAGACCCCCACCUGUCUCUCAACAAUGGCAGCAAUGCUCCUCCGUACCUUUGCAAACAAGAAGGCCGCCCUCCAGCUGGGUCGCAUGUGUUACUCCUCCUCCUCAGUGCCCACCACCAAGCUGUUCAUUGACGGCAAGUUCGUCGAGUCCAACACUUCUGAAUGGCUUGACAUUCACAACCCUGCCACUAAUGAGGUGGUGGGACGCGUUCCCAAAGCCACCCAGGAAGAGAUGCUGGCAGCUGUCAACUCCUGCUCCAGAGCCUUCCACUCCUGGUCCGAGACCUCCAUCCUCAGCAGGCAGCAGAUCUUCCUGCGCUACCAGCAGCUCAUCAAGGAUAACAUUAAAGAACUGGCUAAGAUGAUCACACUGGAGCAGGGCAAAACCCUCGCUGAUGCAGAGGGAGAUGUAUUUAGAGGACUGCAGGUGGUCGAGCAUGCCUGCAGUAUUACAUCGCUCAUGCUGGGGGAAACAUUACCCUCCAUCACCAAGGACAUGGACACUUACACCUACCGGCUGCCCAUUGGUGUGUGUGCCGGCAUCGCCCCUUUUAACUUCCCCGCCAUGAUUCCUCUGUGGAUGUAUCCCAUCGGCAUGGUAUGCGGCAACACCUACCUGAUGAAGCCUUCAGAACGGGUCCCUGGAUGCACCAUGCUCUUGGCCAAAAUGCUCCAGGAUUCCGGGGCACCAGAUGGUACACUCAACAUCAUCCACGGCCAGCAUGCAGCCGUGAACUUCAUCUGCGACCAUCCUGCCAUCAAAGCCAUCAGCUUCGUUGGAUCCAACCAGGCUGGAGAGUACAUCUACGAGCGUGGCUCCAAGAACGGCAAGAGAGUGCAGUCCAACAUGGGUGCCAAAAACCAUGGUGUGGUGAUGCCUGAUGCCAACAAAGAGAACACCCUCAACCAGCUGGUGGGUGCUGCGUUUGGAGCAGCUGGCCAGCGCUGCAUGGCUCUUUCCACUGCUAUUUUUGUUGGGGAGUCUCGUGAAUGGCUCCCAGAGCUGGUGGAGCGCUCCAGAUCACUGCGUGUAAACGCAGGUGAUCAGCCCGGGGCUGAUGUGGGUCCCCUGAUCUCUCCGGAGGCCAAGACCAGGGUGGAGUCUUUGAUCCAGAGUGGAGUGGAAGAGGGUGCCAAACUGCUGCUGGAUGGAAGAAAAGUUAACGUCAAAGGAUAUGAAAACGGAAACUUUGUAGGACCCACCAUUCUGGGAAACGUUACGUCAAACAUGACAUGUUACAGGGAGGAGAUCUUCGGACCGGUGCUUGUCGUCCUGGAGGCUGACACUCUUGAUGAUGCAAUUUCUUUGAUCAACAACAACCCCUACGGCAACGGCACGGCCAUCUUCACCACCAAUGGAGCCACAGCACGCAAAUACACACAUGAAGUGGAUGUUGGCCAGAUUGGCGUGAACGUGCCCAUCCCAGUUCCUCUUCCCAUGUUUUCCUUCACUGGCUCCAGAGGCUCAUUCAGAGGAGACACCAACUUCUACGGCAAACAGGGCAUCCAGUUCUACACUCAGAUCAAGACGGUGACGUCACAAUGGAAAGCUGAGGAUGCUACCGUGACAAGCCCAGCUGUUACCAUGCCAACUAUGGGACGCUAAGCUAAAAUUACACUGCAUAACCUUCAGUGAAUUCUCAUAUGCCUUAAGAAGAGUCAUAAAGAUGGGAUGGAGAAAAAGGUUACAUGCUCUUUUUUACUGUUAAGAAAUGGGGAUUAUUAGUCAGUGAUUGUUUAAACUUCGAACCUCCUGCACAAUGUCAUUGCACAAACUCAAAUUUUACACCUCCUACGGAGAAGGUGAAGCUGACCUGCACUGAUGCCAUGAACGGUGCUGUCACUCUUCACAGGUGUGUUGUGUUUUAUACCUGUUUUCUCCCUCUCAUUUUCCUGAGCUAACUGACCGGAGAGAGUUAAAUCAUGAUCCGUUGUGCGCUCUGCUAUCACAUCUCUGACAAGCCUAGAGGAGAAAUCAAAAAAGAUCAGGGAUGCUGCUUCUGAAAAGUCACAGCAAAUGUCUUCCACUUGUGUUCUCUGUGGUUUUUGUAACUUCUUCUGGUUAUCAGACCAUUGUAUAGAUAUUUGAGAAGUGGAUAUAAAUGGAUCAAAUGAUACAUUAGAACAUAGACACACCCAUUCUCUGCCACUCCAUUAAAACUGAAAAUGUGAUUGCAGCUCUUGUACUCUCACUGUGUGUCCUGUACUGUGAUGUGUUGAUGUGUCUUCUGUUUAGGAAAGAGGUUUAGUUUUGUACUAUAUUCAGAGUGAGCCUUUUUUUCUUCUCCUGGUCGUGAAUGGUAUAGAAAAUAAAUUGCAGUGUUUUACAUGUUAUGAACUUCUAUGAGAUCUGGUGAUGUUUAUAGGUCAGUGAUGACGAAUGAUGACAUUUUCAUCCAAAGUGCUCAAGCUACUUCAAAUUUUGGGUGCACAUGAAGAGAAAACAAGAGUAUUUUACUCUGUAGUUCAUUGUUUCAAUAAAGACACUGUGGUUUGACUCAACUGAAUCUGA